UGUGUAUAUAUAUAUAAAUAUUACACUUGCAUUUCAGAGGCAAAUAUUGUUAGUCUUAAGUAUUUCACCAAAAGGCAGUGAUUAGAGAACAGAACAACAAAUACAAACCAAUGUGGGACUUCAUCUUGACCUCUAGGACGAGGGGGUGACCUUUCAGUAUCAAACUACCAAGCCUGGUAAUGUUUAUGUUUGUAUUGCUUUAUUCAUAAUUACUGAGCGCUUCCAUUGCUGGUAGUUUCGAUUCAUUUUCUAAAAUUACCAAAUUGAGUAGCAAAUGUGAGCAUACGUCCAGCAGGCGGCGCCAUUUAGUUACAUUAGGAUCUUAAUUGCCCAAUGAUACAUUAUAUUUCAUGCGUGUGUCUUUCUCGCUUGUCACUGCGUUGUCAUGUCAAACGUGUUCAGUAUUUCACCGAGCAAAGAAAGAGGGCAAUAAAACGACUGAAAGCACAAAGCGAGCUGGAUAUUUUUUUAUUUCAGGUGUAGCUGUAAAAUAGUAGCCGCUUCCAUGGUUACGACCCACCGACCGCAGCUACGUAUUACGGAGGCCACGAAGAAGAAGUUUCUCGCAGGGCGUGGUGGGAUAGGAGUCUCCUCGCUGGAGGACCGAGAGAACAGAGCCCCAGCUGGCUGGCUAGCAGCGGAGAAGAUGGCUGCGCGGGGGAACCUCAGGCCGGGGGCUGAACACAGAGCAGCGUUCGUCAUGUUCAGCGACGACUAGCCGGCGUGUUGUUCCGUCGGUCGGUUGCGUCCGCGUUUGUUCGCAGGGGGAUAAAACAACAUGGGGUCGCAGACUCUCCAGAUCCUGAGGCAGGGGGUCUGGGCUUCAGUCACAGGCGGAUGGUACUACGACCCCGACCAGAACACAUUCGUCAACGCUUUACAUCUCUACACCUGGCUGUUUCUGCUAUGCUUCCCCUUCACACUUUACAUGGCGCUGCAGCCGAGCAUGGCGAUCGUGGGCAUCUACUGCGGCGUCAUCGCUGCCAUGUUCCUGCUGCUGAAGACGGUGAACUUCCGCCUGCACCACGCCCUGGAUGAGGGGGAGGUGGUGGAGCACCAGGCCAAGGAGAGUCGGGGCGGCAGAGGUGGCACCGAGGGGGCCAACGACGUCGGCGUCACCCGCCGACAGGACGGCAACGGCCCGGGGGACCCUGGAGGGGGUAUUGAGAUGUCCGACUUCAUCAGGCAAGAGACUCCACCAGUGGACUGCAGCUCCAGGAACUCCUACACUGGAUUGGAGUCGACCCAGCAGAUUGCAUCCACCCACGGAAGAGCAACAGCAGCCAAAGGAGACGCGGGAAAGACUUCCGACGACAUCAGUUUGACUCUCGUCGAGAGCUGCAGCCACGAUCACGAUCUGCUGUCGGACACGAAGAUGUUCUGCCUCGUCCCCAACGACUCCUUCGCGUCCCUGCAGCCGUCGACCUCCUUGUGUCCCUCGGAGAUGUCCAGGGAGACUGCCGAUCUGUGUAGUUCCGCCGGUCAUCACUUCAGCCUGUCGCUCUCCUCCGGGGACACCGAGGCGACCGCUCACGCGUCCGCGCAAUCUCAGAGCUACCGGAAGGAGCUCCGCGCCCGGGGCCUGCCUCGGACUUCCAGCUCCGCGGGUUCCGCUUUCCCCGACCCGUGCCUCCCGGACUUCGCGCUGCACCCGCCGCCCAGGAGAGGCGGCCUCGACCCCGUGUGCGAGCUGGAGGCCGCCAGGUCGCACGGGCCCGGGGCGUGGGUCCGAGACGGGGCCGGGGAGCGGCCGUACCGGCAGGACCCGGCGGUGCCCUCCACCUCGGGUACGGAGUGUCACCGGCACAAAGAGCCACGCAGAGUGGCCCGCUCCGCCUCCAGGGAGGCGGGGGAGGGCAGCUCGGGACUCUACCAGGUGGAGGUGGGCGGGGCUUGUGGUGGGAAAGGUUCAGUCGGAGGGGGGAAGUCUCAGGGAGGGGAGCGCAGCGCCGACAGCCUGAGGAGUCUGAGCACUCGCAGUAGCGGCUCCACGGAGAGCUACUGCAGCGGCACAGACCGGGACACCAACAGCACCGUCAGCAGCUUCCACAGCGAGCGGACCAGCUCCACGCACAUGGAGAGUCUGCUGUCGCUGUCAGGGGACGAGCCCGUACGGGACAGAGGGGAUGCCAAAUCUGCACCGGCGGGCGGUCGGACGUCGAGCCUCGGCAGUAUCAGCUCCCAAGGCGCCGGCGGCCUUCCCUCCAGGGAGGCCAAUAGAAACCCUCACGCCAACGAGCUGACCGCCAAACGACCCGCCGACCCGCCGGCCGCCGCAACCCGAGAGCCGGCGGAGCCCGGCGGGUGCCAGGAGGAGCCCGGCAUCCGGACCGACGCCGACGGCGAGCCGGAGCGGGAGAAAGACGCCGGCCGGCCCAAGUCGGCCGACGACGUCCAGAAGACGUCCUCCCUGUCGACGGGGCGCAGUGGGCGCCGGCGGACCGGCAAGAAAAGGGCGAGCAGCUUUGACGCCGGCCGCCACCGGGACUACAUGUCGUUGCGCGGCGCGGCGUGUCCCGCGGGCGGAGAGGGCGACUCCAGCGACCAGAGCGAACUCAGUUGCGCCUCCAGCCGCCACUCCGCCCGCCAGCGAAGCACGGACAGCUCAUCGAGCGCCGCCUCCCGCUCCCGCCGCUCGCCAGAGGGCCGCUACAGGGCCCUGAAGGCCAAGCACGCCGCCGCCGCCGCCUCCUCCUCCGAGGCGAGGGCGCGAACGGAAGGGAAGCGGCGCCGCGCCCCGAGCGCGGCCGGCGCCAAAACGCACGCCAGAGUGCUGAGCUUGGACAGCGGCACGGCCGCCUGCCUUAACGAUCCCGGCCGCCUCGGAGCGCCGGCCGGGCCCCGGCCCCUCACCACCUCCAAGUCGGACCUGGAAGCCAAAGAAGGGGAAGUCCUCGACGCGGCGUCCCUGCUGGGCCGGGCCUCCCAGCUGGAGUCGGUGACCCGCUCCAGAAACAGUCUGCCCAAUCAGGCGGCGUUUGCUGAGCCUCAGGACGCCACCGCCUCUUCCCUGCGGGGGAGCGAGGAGACGGUCAUAUUUCGGCGUGAACGCAGCACAUUUCGUCGGCAGGCUGUGCGGCGGAGACACAAAGCCGGGAGUAACCCGACACCGACCGCCUCGCUCAUCGGAUCUCCUCUCAGUCUCCAGGAGGCGCUCACCCAGGCCUCCCAGCCUUCUGCCUCCCAGGUGAAAAGUCAGCCAUCCAGAACCCCGUCCCAGGUGACCACGCUGAGCGCAAGCGCCUCCCUGCUGGCCAGGAAUGGAAGCACACACCUGGAGGGCUCUCAGGACAAGGCCUCAAGUGUCGGCGCGACCAGCUUGCAGGAUGACUUUGGAAAGCGCACGCCCUCUUUGUACGAGGUCGGCGGGUGCGAGAUAUCCCUGGUCAAUUUUGAACCUGCAACCAGACGAGCCUCCAAUAACAUAUGGGACACCGACUCCCACCUCUCCAGUUCUACCUCAGUUCGCUUCUACCCUCAUGAUCUGAUCUCCCUCCCUCAGAUCCGUCUGAACCGUCUGCUGACGAUGGACCCGGAGCUGCUGGAGCAGCAGGACGGGGACCUGAGCCCCGAGCUCCAGGAUGCGCCGCUGGGGCAAGAGGACCCCGCGGCAACGGCCGCCGCCGGCAAAGCCCGGCAGUACUACCGCUUGUGGCUUCUGCCCUUCCUGUGGGUCGGCCUGCACUUUGACCGGCUCACCCUGCUGGCACUGUUUGACAGGAACCGCGAGAUUCUGGAGAACGUGCUGGCCGUGCUGCUGGCGGUUCUGGUGGCCUUCCUGGGUUCACUGCUGCUGGUCCACGGCUUCUUCACCGACAUCUGGGUCUUUCAGUUCUGCCUCGUCAUUGCGAGUUGCCAGUAUUCCUUACUAAAGAGUGUUCAACCAGACUCCUCGUCCCCUCGACAUGGCCAUAAUCGCAUCAUCGCGUACAGCCGGCCCGUCUACUUCUGCCUGUGCUGCGGCCUCAUUUGGCUGCUGCACUAUGGCAGUCUGAGGACCACUUCAUCCCGCUUCACCCUGUACGGGGUCGCAUUCACCAACUCCCUGGUCCUCGCGUCUGCCAGGGACCUUGUCAUUGUCUUCACUCUGUGUUUCCCCAUCAUCUUCUUCGUGGGGCUGCUGCCACAAGUCAACACGUUCGUCAUGUACAUCUUUGAGCAGCUGGACAUCCACGUGUUCGGGGGCAAUGCCUCCACAAGCCUUCCGUCAGCGCUGUACAGCAUCCUGCGCAGCGUCGUCACCGUCGCUCUGCUCUACGGCUUCUGCUACGGAGCUCUGAAGGAGACCUGGGAGCCUCACCACAUCCCUGUGCUGUUCUCUGUGUUCUGCGGCCUCUUGGUGGCAGUGUCUUACCACCUGAGCCGGCAGAGCAGCGACCCUUCUGUCCUCAUCUCGCUGAUACAGUCCAAGAUUGUGCCCAAUUUGAAAGAUAAGAACCCGGAGGACCCUUUGUCAGAAGUCCAGGACCCUCUUCCUGAGAAGCUCAGGGCCUCAGUGAACGAGCGUCUGCAGUCUGACCUGAUCGUCUGUGUGGUCAUGGCUGUCCUCUACUUCGCCAUCCAUGUCAGCACAGUCUUUAUUGCACUGCAGCCUUUCCUCAGUUAUGUCCUGUAUGCCCUGUUGGGGACGGUGGGGUUGCUCACCCACUACCUGCUGCCUCAAGUCCGCAAGCAGCUGCCCUGGUACUGCUUCUCCCACCCUCUGCUCAAAACUAAGGAGUACUAUCAGUUUGAAGUCAGGGAUGCGGCUCAUGUGAUGUGGUUUGAAAAGCUUCACGUGUGGCUGCUGUUUUUGGAGAAGAAUGUUCUGUAUCCACUCGUCAUCCUCAACGAGCUGAGCGGGAGCGCCAGAGAGCUCGCCAGUCCGAAGAGACUUGACACAGAGGUGGGCGCUCUGAUGGUCACAGUGGCAGGCCUGAAGCUGCUCCGCUCGUCCUUCAGCAGUCCCACCUACCAGUACGUGACCAUCCUCUUCACCGUCCUCUUCUUCACCUUCGACUACCGCCAUCUGUCGGAGACGCUGCUGCUCGACCUCUUCGUCAUGUCCAUUGUUUUCAGCAAGAUGUGGGAGCUGUUUUACAAGCUGCACUUUGUCUACACCUACAUCGCCCCAUGGCAGAUCACAUGGGGCUCAGCCUUCCACGCCUUCGCUCAGCCCUUUGCUGUGCCUCACUCGGCCAUGCUGUUUGUCCAGGCUGUGGUGUCGGCAAUCUUCUCCACUCCCCUCAACCCCUUCCUGGGCAGUGCCAUCUUCAUCACGUCCUACGUCCGUCCCGUCAAGUUCUGGGAGAGAGAUUACAACACCAAGAGAGUGGAUCACUCCAACACUCGGCUGGCCUCUCAGCUGGACAGAAAUCCAGGCUCCGAUGAUAACAAUUUGAACUCCAUCUUCUAUGAGCACCUUACCCGCUCGCUGCAGCACAGCCUGUGUGGAGACCUCCUGCUGGGCCGAUGGGGCAACUUCAGCACGGGGGACUGCUUCAUCCUGGCCUCCGACUACCUGAACGCUCUGGUGCAUCUCAUCGAGAUCGGCAACGGUCUGGUCACCUUUCAGCUCCGAGGGCUGGAGUUCAGAGGAACUUACUGCCAGCAAAGGGAGGUGGAGGCCAUCACCGAGGGGGUGGAGGAAGACGAGGGCUGCUGCUGCUGCGAGCCGGGCCACCUACCUCACUUCCUGUCCUUCAAUGCGGCCUUUGGUCAGCGCUGGCUGGCCUGGGAGGUGCUGGUCACCAAAUACGUGCUGGAGGGCUACAGCAUCACCGACAACAGCGCCGCCUCCAUGCUGCAGGUGUUCGAUCUACGACGCAUACUGACCACCUACUACGUCAAGGGGAUCAUCUACUAUGUGAUCGCUUCCACCAAGCUGGAGGAGUGGCUGGCGAACGAGACCAUGAAAGACGGGCUCCGGGCAUGUGCCGAGAGGAACUACGUCGACCUGGAUCCCACCUUCAAUCCCAACAUCGACGAGGACUACGACCAUCGACUCGCAGGCAUCUCCAGGGACAGCUUCUGUGGAGUCUACCUGGGCUGGAUCCAGUACUGCAACUCUCGGAGGGCCACGCCACUUGACAGCGAUAAAGACUCUGCUCUGGUGCUGCUCUGCUUCGGCCUGUGUGUGCUGGGGAGGAGAGCUCUGGGAACGGCGGCCCAUCAUAUGUCCAGCAAUCUGGAGUCUUUCCUUUACGGUCUUCAUGCAUUAUUUAAGGGAGAUUUCCGCAUCUCCUCCGUGCGAGACGAGUGGAUCUUUGCAGACAUGGAACUCCUCAGGAAAGUCGUGGUGCCUGGAAUCCGAAUGUCUCUCAAACUACACCAGGACCACUUCACGUCCCCGGAUGAGUACGACGAGCCGGCGGUUCUUUUCGAGGCCAUCUCCUCCCACCAGCAGAACCUGGUCAUCGCUCACGAGGGCGACCCGGCCUGGAGGAGCGCCGUGCUGUCCAACGCGCCGUCGCUCCUCGCCCUGCGCCACGUCCUCGACGAGGGCACCGACGAGUACAAAAUCAUUAUGCUAAAUCGUCGAUACCUCAGCUUCCGUGUCAUCAAGGUGAAUAAAGAAUGCGUCCGAGGCCUUUGGGCCGGGCAGCAGCAGGAGUUGGUGUUCCUGAGAAACAGGAACCCGGAGCGCGGGAGCAUUCAGAACGCCAAGCAGGCUCUGCGGAACAUGAUCAACUCCUCUUGCGACCAGCCCAUCGGUUAUCCCAUCUACGUGUCGCCGCUGACCACCUCCUACUGCAACUCGCACCCCCAGCUCGGGCACAUCCUGGGAGGCCCCAUCAGCAUCGGGAACAUCCGAAACUUUGUCGUCAGCACCUGGCACAGGUUACGGAAAGGCUGUGGUGCUGGCUGCAACAGUGGAGGGAAUAUUGAGGAUUCGGAUGCAGGGGGGAUGUCCUGCGGCAGUGGGAAUGGGACGGGGGGUGACUCUCAGCAGAGCUCAGUGUCGCAGGGCAGCACCUCCGGACCCGCCCCCUCUCACACGUACCAGCCGCACACACUGGGCACCAGUCACAGCUCCCAGUCUGUUCAGUCGGGUUUGGUGCGCCACUCUCCUGCUCGAGCUUCUGUUGCCAGCCAGUCCUCAUCCUACCGCUACAGCAGCAGCCGCCACUCCUCCCUGCGCACCUCCACCACGGGCCUGGAGCCGUGCCGCCGCUCCUCCACCAGCCAGCUGUCUCUGCGCACGCUCCCCACCUCCCUGCAGCUGCGGUUGGGCGCCGCCUCCGACCCCGCCGGCCCCUCCGCCUCCCUCUCCAGCCACAGCAUCCCUCCCUGCAAACGGCACACGCUCGUGGGCCUCACCGGCAUGUGCAGCACCGUGACCGAUCCCCUCAGCCAGCAUCAUCAUCACCAUCGCCAUCAUCACCACCCGCAGCAACACAACCCCAUCACCUCCACCGUGCGCAGAGACGACAUCUCCUACAGAGUGCAGGUCGCGGACAUCGGUCAGGUACUGGAGAACGUCCACUUAUCGAAGCGGAAUGAGCUGCAGUGGCCUGACGAGACGACGAGACUGAGGGCAGGACGGGCCUACUGGAGGGACUGGAGCCCCGUAGAGGGCAUGGAAGGACAUGUGAUUCACCGGUGGGUGCCUUGUACCCGAGACCCAGCCCAUCUCUCCCAUAUGGACAGGACCAUCCUGCUGGUACAGGUGGAAGAUAAGCUCGUGCCCAUUCUUGAGACUGGGGUCAUUGAGUUGGGUGCAGAGGUUUGAGACGAUCGUCACGCUCGUGUGACGACGAAGCCGGACCUCCCCGGGCCUUCAGCGGGACGCGGGAGCCUGCAGACGAACAGGAAGUGGGAGCUCGCCCCCCCCCCCCCCCCCGUUCCUUAUCGCUGAGGGGGAAAGGAAGCCAGGGAAAAGUGCAAGCCGAGGAGGCGGAGCUUACGUUCAUCCAGCAUCCUUUAACCGCAUCGACUCACAUCAAUCAUAUCUGCCUUGCUUUGCGUCUCAGAAAUGCUGCAUGACGGUAAACAACCUUUAAGUUUAGUUGGUUCUCGCUUCUGGUAAUUAAUUUCUAUGCAUUUUUAUCGACUAUUUUGUUCGCAAUGCUGACAGCGCUGAGUGUAAAGAGCGUGUGGAGAUUUUUUUGUUUGUUGCUGUUCUGUUUGUCUUUAAAUAAUUUGCCAAAAUAAGCCUGGUAUUGAAUAUCUGCCAUGGUUUCACACAUGUGAAAAGUUUUUUUUUUUUUUUCUUCUCGCGGAACAGAUUGAAGUCAGAGACUUGACGUUGAUGCGCUCGACAGACUUCUGGAUGUUUGUUUUUGUUGUCAUUCCGUUUUGGACGGUUCGAAAAUGUGCAAGAUUACGUUGCCCCCCCAAAAAACUUGCACUAUAAUUUUGUAUCUUUUAUUAAUUUACAGUGAUGCACUACACUCUUUAGAUCAUAACACAUUGUAUUUAUUACAGACUCUGAAUGGCCAUGGUUACCGAUGCCUUGGGAAUGAAAAGAAAUGCAAUCAUUAUUCUGAUUUCAGCCAUUUUUAUUUUGCUAUUUUAUGUUUGAUAAACUUGAAAAUAGCUUUUUACUGUACAUGAUUAUAUCUAUUUAAAUAUAUAUAUAUAUAUAUAUUUACUCAAAAAUAUAUGUAUAUAUAUAUAAUGUCAAUGUAUAAAAGAUUUUCUUUUCAAUAUUUAUUACUGUGAACAUUGUAUUUACACUUUGUUACUUCUUUAUUUUUCAUUUUGGGACAACGGUUAAUGUAUUAAGGACCACUGGUGGAAAACGAGAUGCCGAAUUUUUGAUGGACUGUUUCACUAUUUAACUAAAUUUUUUCUAUAUGAAGAAAUAAAAGUUUGAUUUAUUGCUGACAUCUUUAA